CAGUCGGAGGAGUUUACCGACAACACGCACACUUUAAGGAAGUGCCCUCGGGUUUUUAUCAUUUCAGUCGCAAUCUUCACUGUAAAGCAACAAUUUUUAAACUCAAAUAAUGGAAUUUUAAUUGAGCACACGAACACAGGUGGGACGGCAGGUGGAUCCAAUCAGAAGCUGCGGGACAUUCGACAUGGAGUCCAGUGACUUGUAUGAUGUGUACGAAACGGACACCCCUCCUUCCUGGGCGGACCACCACCAACACCAGUGUGCGGAGGAGCCGGACAACGUGGAGUGUCUCCGGAGGAAGAUCAAGUACUUCUUCAUGAACCCCUGCGAGAAGUAUCACGCUCGUGGACGAAAACCGUGGAAGCUCAUCCUGCAAAUCAUCAAAAUUGCAAUUAUUACCAUCCAGUUGGUGUCUUUUGGGCUCAGCAACCAGAUGGUCGUCACGUUCAAGGAGGAAAAUCUGAUGACGUUCAAGCAUCUUUUCUUGAAGGAUUAUGUUGAUGGAGGCAUGGAUACGUACGCCGUGUACAGACAGCAGGAUGUAUACGGUCACAUCGAUUACAUCAUUGAGCAGUAUGGACAUUUGCACAACAUCACGGUGGGUAAUCAUGAAUAUGAGAAAAAUGGAGCCGUCUACACGCCGCUAUCACUGUGUCAGGAGUACUACAGGAACGGUACCAUCUUCCCCGGAAACGAGACCUUUGAAAUCGAUGCCCAAGUGCAAACUGACUGCCUCAAAGUUUAUCCGAUGUAUCACCAGUCAUUGCGGGAAGUGCUUCCACAUUUUGAAUUGUAUUUCAAAAGGAUGCUCUCCGUCACGGUCACGUUUGUGCUGAAGGCCAUAAAUUUACAGACGAUCACUUUCAACAACCAAGCUCACAGCGGCAGGAUAAAGGUCGACCUGGAGAAUGAUGUUGACAUCAAUGAAUGCAGAGACUGGAAAGUAACCGGAGCCUCUGCGAGGAGCAUUUACCUGACUGUGCUGUUCGACUGCCUCAUCAUCAUAACGUGCGUCACCUCCUUCACACUCUGCACACGCUCGGUGAUCAAUGGCAUUCAGCUGCAGCUGGCGUACACACUCUACUGCAGAAACCUCUGCAAUAAAAAAGUCCCAAUGUCGGACAAGUUGGAGUUUGUGAACGGUUGGUACAUUCUGAUCAUCGUCAGCGACACGCUCACCAUCAUUGGCUCCGUUCUGAAGAUCGAGAUCCAGACUAAGGUCCUCACAAGCUAUGAUAUUUGCAGCAUCCUCCUCGGCACCGGCACCAUGUUCGUCUGGAUCGGGGUCAUCCGCUACAUGGGCUACUUUAGGAAGUAUAACAUUCUCAUCCUGACACUCAGGGCAGCUUUCCCAAACGUUAUCCGUUUCAUCUGCUGCGCUGGAAUCAUCUACCUGAGUUACUGCUUUUGCGGCUGGAUCGUCCUCGGCCCGUAUCACGAGAAGUUUCGGACCUUGAACACGGUGUCGGAGUGUCUGUUCUCGCUGAUCAACGGAGACGACAUGUUCCCCACCUUUAAGAACAUGAGGCACAAGAGCAGCCUGGUGUGGACCUUCAGCCGCGUCUACCUCUACACCUUCGUCUCGCUCUUCAUCUACAUGAUCCUCAGCCUCUUCAUCACAAUCAUCACUGACACCUACGACACCAUCAAGCAACAGCAGCAAAGUGGAGCCCCAACGUCAGAGCUGCAAAAGUUCUUGUCUGUGUGUAAAGACUUGCCAAACUCUGGUGUGUACAGACUCAACACGACCAAUAGCUGCUUCUUCAACUGCUGCAUCAACAGGUGCAGGAAGCAUCAAGAGAGGCUGACCUCAGAGGCUUAGGUGAAGACACUGAAAGAACAGACUGUAUAAACGAUAACCUAACAAUUAAUGUGAACUUUUGCUGUUGGAAAUGUGUGGAGAAGUCAUAAAUCUUUUCUUCCUUCACCAUUAGGCCCCAAGUUUGCUCCAAUGUUUUGUUUUUUUUUUGUUUUUUUUCAGUGCUCAAAAGUCUGAAGCCCAGUGGACAUUAAGGUUAGAUAAAUAAAGGACCUGAGACACUUAAGUCUGGUCUUGAUGAUGCACUUACACAGAGAACACUUUGUAAAUACACGUAUUUAUAUUGAUAUGAAGAUGAAAAGAAAUAUUGCGACAUGA